AUGCAUAUGAACGGUGGUUUCUGGAGCAAGGUCUUGAAGAGGAAAGAUGAAUCCAUUACACUCUUUAACCUGUGGAAUAAGGACAAGGCAGCUGUGAUGAAGUGGAAGAAUGCAGAUCGCAUUAGACUCAUCUACUUGGCCAUCAUUCUCUGUGUGGUUUUGGCGAGAGAUGAGAAGGCCAAUAUCCCCCUCAAAUACAUCACACUGGUCAUGGAUCUCGAGAAGUUUCGGAAGUAUCCUUGGGGAGUUGCGGCUUACGACCUUCUCUGCAGUUCGAUAGCCAAAAACCGUCACAAACUGAAGGAGAAGACAACAAGUUAUGUGUUAGAUGGAUUCUCCUAUGCCUUGCAGAUUUGGGCUAUGGAAGCUGUUCCAAAGAUUGGGAAGCUUUGUGGAAAGAAACUGGACAAAAGAUUUGCUAAUGGUCCUAGAUGCAUCAACUGGAGGGGGGCUGCAAAGGUUUCAUAUGAUGAGAUCAAUAGGCUGGAGCAAAUCUUUACAACAGAGGAUGUCAGCUACCCAUACAUCUCAUGGGAAGGGAAUAUGGUUGUAAUCCAAAGUCAGGAAUUUCGCAGAGAUGAUGAUGUCGAGGAUGACAUGAUCAAUGUUGUGAUGGAGUUGAUACGGGCUAAGCAUGACUUCAGUGAGCAUAUUUGGGAAUUUGAAGAAACUGAGGUUUCUUUAGAUGUUAAUGAUGAAGCACCAGCGAAUGUUGAAGCAGCUGAGAGUGAGGAAGAGUUCGAGACUCCACAAGGAUCAAAUAACGUAAGCUCUACAUCAAGAAGGGGUAAGAAGAGGGUCCCUGAUCGUGGUAUGGAAAAAAGGAAGCAUAAGGUUCUCUCUAGUGCACCAAAGCAAGCGCCUUUUAACGAAGACAUGAAGGCUUCGUGA